ACCUCUGGCAGAGAGAGCCAUACAAGAAGAGGCGACCCGGCGACCGCAGCAGGCUACCGCUUCUCUGCUACCGGGCUAAUAUUACCGUGUUUCGGACCCUUUAACUGGGAGUUAAGACAUUAACCAGAUGCCUCUAUGAUCCAGCUAACAUCACAGCGAGAUAUACAGUGUUCAGUUUGCACAAGAGGUGAGCCAUGGCUGACCCGAACUCCACCCGCCCCCAAAGGAAGAUGUCCACCGCUGGGGAGAGUGUGUACAAGGUGCUAGGGCUGGAGAAAGGAGCGUCAGCCGAGGACAUCAAGAAAGCAUACAGAAAACUAGCCCUGAAGUAUCACCCGGACAAGAACCCAGACAACCCGGAGGCAGCGGAAAAGUUUAAGGAGAUCAACAACGCCAACUCUAUUUUAAAUGAUGAGACCAAGAGGAAGAUUUAUGAUGAGUAUGGCUCCAUGGGCCUGUAUGUGUCCGAACAGUUUGGAGAGGAAAGUGUCAAAUACUACUUCCUCAUGUCCAAAUGGUGGUUUAAGGGUCUGGUACUGUGCUGCACACUGUUCACCUGCUGCUGCUGUUGCUGCUGCUGCUGUUUCUGCUGUGGGAAGUGUAAACCACCGGAUGACGACGAAAGCUACCACUAUGUCGACCCCGAAGACCUGGAGGCUCAAAUCAAAGCAGAGCAGGACGGAGGUAACACAGUAAUCAUAGGCCAGCCCACAUCUAAUCUUGGCCCAGAAAACCCAGAAGGCCAGACUCAGCCCAUCCCCCUGCCCAUGCCCAUGCCAAUGCCUCCACCUGAGCCCCAGGCACCGACCUCAGCCAACCCAGCAGGGGAAGAAAACCCUGGAGAGACCUUACCAGAGUCGAAAUGACUCGAAAGUGAUGGUGUAGAUGAGCCUCAACAAGCAGAAGCAGCCUUUCAAGUCCUCAUUACGACCCAGCCACAUUUGACUGCUGCCAGAGAUCCAGAGACCCAGAGACCAGCCAGCCCAGGCCCACGCCGAAAUCCUCCCCCCUCAACCUUCUUCAUCUACCCACUGGACAUCACCUGUAAGGUGGGCACUUAGAGGCUCUUUUCCCCCUCCAUGGACCUCACAGUAUGGAGGAGUAUUCAUGUAAAUUAAACUAUGAGCUGGGCUCUGGCAACGCUCAGACCCUCAUUGAAAAAUUAAUGUCAUCUAGUAAAUACAAGGCAACCAGCCUCUCUCCUUCCAGCUUGCCAUAGUCCAACCUGGGCUGGAUGUGAGCUUGGUAGUGGCCCAGUUAUCCAGGGCUUGGCAACAAGUUACUAAUCUGUUCUGGUCGUCCCAUUCCAACCAGUAAGGAAGUAACACUGGGCAGGAAGAUGGCAAAAACGGGAACAUGAGGGCAAAAAAAAAAAAAAAAAACAUGAUG